AUGCCACAGUGUUGUGCAGUGCCUAUGUGUGCAAAUAAAAAAGGAGGGCAUAAGUUCCCUACAGAAGAUAAAAACCGAUUAAAACAGUGGCUUGUAGCCAUUCGCAGAGAUAAAUUUACUCCAACGAAAAAUAGCCUCGUUUGCAAAAGCCACUUCACAAAGGAUGAUUACCAGCUACCGAAGGACUCAGUAUUAGAAAAACCCAGGCCUGUGUUGAAAAAAUGUGCAGUGCCAAGUCGAUUCCCAUGGAUUGACCAAAAUUCUAGUUUGCAUCAAAAAAAGAAGGAGCGGCAUCAAAGGCGUUUGGCGCGAAAUGAAAGGAAAAUUAGUGUCCAAGUACACAUAAACAAUGAAAAAGAGAAGGAUGACACCUUCCUCAUGGAAACUACAAACUUUUUCGAAGUAGAAAUUGAAUUCGAGAAGAAACAGAAUGAUGUUGGUAUCCAAUGUGAUUUAUGUGGAAGUGAUAAUCUCAAAACACUUAAAGAAUGUCUUCAAAAUGAAAAUAAAAAUAAAAAAUCUUCAAUUGCAAAUGUGCUAGAUAUAACCAAUGCGGCCGAAGUACAGUUUUAUACUGGUUUCCAAGAUUAUGAACAUAUCAAAUUCAUAUUUAGUAUUUUUGGAGAUGAAGUAAAUUGUUUAAAAUAUUAUCCUCAACUGAAAACAUUGAAGGUGCCGUUUCUAAACCCUUGUGAUCAAUUCCUUCUAGUGUUAAUUAAAUUACGCCGGAACAUGCUAUUUACAGAACUCGCCUUUCGAUCGAAGAUUAAUAAAACGGUACUAAGUAACAUUUUCAUAACAUGGAUCAAUUACUUAUAUUGUAAAUUGAAAGAGUUAAAUGUUUGGGUGCCAAAACAAUGCAUAGAUAAAAAUAUGAAAUACUAUGGCAAGAUUAAUCCAUGCACUGUGAUAGUAGAUUGCACGGAAAUAAAAAUAGAGAAGCCCAAAAAUCCACUUACACAACAGCUUACAUAUUCCACUUACAAAUCAGCAAAUACUCUAAAAGUUUUAAUUGGGAUUUCAGCAUCAGGCUGCGUUACAUUUGUAUCCGAUGCAUAUGGUGGAUCUACGAGUGAUCGUGAAUUGUUUGAAAAAUGUGGACUUAUUGAUAAACUUGAACCUAAUGAUAUCAUUUUUAGUGACCGUGGCUUUAAUGUACAAGACCUAGUGUGCCAUAAAGAUGUUACAGUUAAUGUGCCAGAAUUUUUAAAAAAUACUGAUGGACAAUUUGAGACUUCUCAACUGACAAGGUCAAAAAAUAUAUCUUCAGAAAGGAUACACGUUGAAAGGGUCAUUGGUUUGGCUAAAACUUUUAAGAUCUUAAGCGGCAAGUUGGAUUCAAAAUUGGUGCCUUUAGCAGAUAGAAUAAUAUUUGUAUGUUUUAUGUUAACCAAUUUCAAAAAUAAUAUUAUAAAGUAA